AUGGCAUCCACUACCGAGUCGGCGUACGGGUAUUGGUUUUCAGUGUUCCUGCCCCCGGGGUGGGUUCAACUGCCUUUGCCUCGCGGGUAUGUUCAAGGACAUCCCACGCCUUUGCCGACGCAAGCGGAGGCUGACAUGAGCCAGCAAGGGCUCCGCCUUGAUGCCCCGGAGUUUUUCCCCACGCCUGUCUUUCCGGGCCCUUCUGCACCAGUGGGAGCAGGCCCCAGCUGCAGUGAAGGCUCCGUUGCUGUUGGCGGCGUGCAGGUGGAGGCAAGUCAGCCGGAAGUUGAUGAUGGCAUUCAAUUUGGGAUGCAGACAACGCCGCGGAAGAGAGCAUUGAGACGACUUAUCAAUGCUCCCUUGAAAAGGAAAGGUGCCAAGCCACAAGAGGUCUCUUGUCUGCCAGCUGAGGAAUGGGGCUUGCAGGCAUUGGAUGCUGUUGAGGUGACAGCCCAGUCCAGAAGUUGCAAGACCGAGAAUGCGAGGACCUUGCAGGCAGACGGUGCCGGUGAUGCGCCCGUGCCAGAGCUGCAGAGUGGGAAUUCAAUUGCUCCCCCAUGCACGAUCAAAAGGAAAUAUGAUCCAGCCAUCGCCCGGAAUAGCCAGAGCAGCGUUGAAGAGCCGCAGGUGACUGAUGUUGACAGCCGGGUUCCUCCAGCUUUAACAGGUGCGGCACAGAAUGGUUCAGUAGAGCCAGGUCCACCGCAGACUAGUCCUGUAACAUCUCGGGCAGUAUCUUCAGCGCUCGACUGGUUGGACUGUCCAGAAAUUGAAGCUGUGGUGGAGCGCAAGACUCAAUACUCCCAUCCUGCCAUUGCCCGAAACACCCAGAGCAGUGUUGAAGAGCCGCCGGUGGCUGAUGGCGACAGCUGGGCUCCCCCAGCUUUCACGGAUGUGGCACACGAUGCUUCGGCAGAUCCGAGGCCACUGCGGUCUAGUCCUGCAACAUCUCCGGCAGUAACUUCAGCGCCGAGAGCACCGUCUCAGAAUGCGGAUCCAGAUGGCGCUCUCCCCUUUCAGGUUGAGUUGGGUAUCGAGUACGAGCGAGGUUGGGUCAAGUACAAGCAUCCAAUCACUGCAGAGAUAUGGUUCCACAAUGAACGCACUGACGACCAUUUCUUUGCGAAGAACAGCGAUGAGCGGGGCUGGCUUCCCUUUGAAAGCCACCAGGGUCAGCUGUGGUGGUGGCAAGGCCAGCGCAAAGUGUUCUUUUUCGAGGCGCUGGAGGUGGGAGCAUUGACAAAGGGCGAGGCGAUUGCUAUGGCGCGGGCAAUUCGGGACCAGUCCGAGGUACCCAUGGGCCAGCCAAGGCAGAGGAUGCGCAGUGGCGCCUUGGAGUUUGUCCCCUUGGCAAUGUCCAUGGCUCUCUGGGCACAAGCCGAGGUCGACUUGGCCCGGCAAGGGCUCCGCCUUGACGCCGAGGAGUUUGUCCCCAUGCUUUGCCCUAGCGCGAUGCCGACAGAGGACGCUGGUUCUGGUGAAGACCCUCUACCGUCGCUGUUGUGCAGCCGGAGGAAUCAGCCGGAAGGUGAAGGUGAUGACCUCCAAUUUGGGAUGCAGAGCUCUGAUGCAAUGGUCAAGACGACGGCGCAGCUUCAUCCAGCAGUGGAUCUGGCACCGGGGAAUUGGUCGGGCUGCGAAGCAAGCGAAGCUGUGGUGCUGGAGCACAACACGUAUGGCACCACUCAUCUCAAAAACGCGCGCGAGCACAUGCAGGAUGAACAUAAUCAUGAUCCUGCCAUGGCCCGAAGCAGCAGGGGCAGUGUUGAAGAGCCGGCAGCUGAUGUUGACAGCCGGGAUCUUUUAGCUUUCAUAGAUGGGGCGCAGGAUGGCUCGGUACAGCCAGGUCCGCCGCAACCUUGUGCUGCAACAUCCAGGGCAGCAACUUCAGCGCUUGAUUGGUUGAGCUACCCAGGAAGUGAAGCUAUUGUGGCGCAGCACAACGCUCAUGAAAUUGCUGAAUUCAAGAACUCCCACAUGCACGGUGAGAAGAAUCAUGAUUUUGUCAUCGUCCGAAACCGCGAGAGCGAUGUUGAAGAGCCACAGGUGGCUGCCAUUGACAGCUGGGCUCCUCCAGCCUUUACGGAUGUGGAGCACGAUGGUUCAGAAGAUUCGGUUCCACUGCAGUCUAGCACUUCACAAUCUCUGGCAGCAGCUUCAAUGCUGAGAGCACCAUCUCAGGAUGUGGAGACAAAAGGCGCGCUCCCUUUCCAGGUUCAGCGUGGCGUCGAGUACGAGCGAGGCUGGGUGAAGUACAAGCACCCGGUCAACGCAGAGAUCUGGUUCCACAACGAGCAUACUGACGACUGCUUCUUUGCGCAGAGUAGCUAUGAGAGGGGCUGGGUUCCCUUUGAAAGCCACGAGGGUCAUCUCUGGUGGUGGCACGACCAGCGCAAGGUGUUCUUCUUCGAUGGCUUGAAGUAG